AUGGGUAACCUAACCUGGAGAGAUAUACUCGCCAACCGAGACCGGCGACAAUACCCCGAAGUGGUGAUGCCCCUCGCCCAAGCCCAUGCGACUGAAAAACCAAUGCCGGAACCCCAUGCGGAAAAGAAGCCCAUCUCCGAUGCUGAAUCGGCCUCCAGUCACGAGAGAGGCACCGUCACGGAUGCCCCAUGUAGCGCGCUGACCCUCGAAGCUCUUCGGGAAGAAGUCGAAAACGCCGUCGGUGCUUCGGGUCACAACACUGCCUAUGACCGGAAAGCCAAGGUCAUCAACCGGGCCAUUCAAGAUAUUGGUAUGGGUCGUUACCAAUGGGAGCUGUUUGUUCUCUGCGGGUUUGGUUGGAUUGCCGAUAACCUCUGGUUGCAGGGAGUGGCACUGACGCUGACCCCACUGUCCCGGGAAUUUGGCGUGUCCGAGACGAAUUCUCGUUUCGCAACGUGUGCCUUAUUCGUAGGACUUAUCGUGGGAGCCUCCUUCUGGGGUAUUGCCUCCGAUGCUAUUGGCCGUCGACCUGCCUUUAACACCACUCUUUUCCUCUGUGGCUCGUUUGGCCUCGCUGCUGGCGGUGGGUCAAGCUGGGUUGGGACCUGCGCGCUCUAUUCCUGCUUGGGUCUGGGAGUCGGCGGAAAUCUCCCCGUUGAUGCGGCGGUCUUCCUGGAGUGCUUGCCUCCCAAUUCGGCGAACCUUUUGAGCGGGUUGGCGACGUGGUGGUCCGUGGGAACUCUGAUUGCCAGUAUGCUUGCCUGGGCUUACAUCCCCAACUAUUCUUGUGAAAGCAUCGAAACCUGCACACGUGAAAACAACUGGGGCUGGCGGUACCUUGUUCUCACUCUCGGCGCUGUGACCUUUGUCAUGUUUCUCUGCCGGUUCGUGCUCUUCACGCUUUUCGAAUCCCCCAAGUUCCUGGUCUCCCGAGGGCGUCAGGAUGAGGCUGUUGCAGCGGUUCAUGGCAUUGCGCGCAAGAACAAAACCAGGACUUGGCUUACAGAGGAGAUUCUCAACGAGAUCGGUGGCUAUUCUGAGCAGGACUCCAAGCAGGGUCUGACCACUGGGGAGAUCCUUAAGCGGUCGUUCGAGAGGUUCUCCUACCAGCAGAUUAUGCCCUUGUUUAGUAGCACACGACUCAGCAUUUCGACGAUCCUGAUCUGGUUCUGCUGGACCACCAUUGGAAUGGGGUAUACCCUGUUCAACGCCUUCUUGCCCCAGUACCUCAGCGCCAACUCAACCACGUACGAAACCUACCGUAACUACGCCAUCACGGCCGUUUGUGGAAUUCCCGGGCCGCUGGUGGCCUGGUACACGGUUGAUAUCAAGUACAUUGGACGGAAGGGGACGAUGGCCUUCUGCACCCUGGUGACGGCGAUUUUGCUGUUUUGUUUCACCGCGUCCAAGGACCCCAACGUGCAGCUGGUGUGCUCGUCGCUGGAGUCUUUCUUCCAGAUGGCCAUGUACGGUGUUCUCUAUGCCUACACGCCCGAGGUUUUCCCGGCGCCCAACCGCGGCACGGGCACUGGUAUCGCUAGUUGCCUUAAUCGGAUUGCGGGCCUGAUGGCGCCGAUCAUUGGUGUCUAUGCCAGUACGAAUCCCAUUGCGCCGAUCUAUGCGUCGGGAGGUCUCCUACUGGCUGCUUUCGUAGCGAUGUGUUUCUUGCCUAUUGAGACAAUGGGCAAGCAGGCUAUGUAG